AUGCUAAGACGCACUACAAGUGUUUGGCUCAAGGCUGAAGGCGGAGGUUCUUUCUUUUUUUGUCAGGAAGUGUGGAAUCUCUCAGCGACCUCCGUCGCUUCCCUUCUCAACUCUCUCUCUCUCUCUCUGAACUCAACUCCAACUCAACUACAUCGCUCCGCCCGGCUGCACCCACCCUCUCUUAGCACCAUCUCUCACUAUUGCUCACCAGUGGGCGUGAGCAGCCGCUCAACCUCCUGUGCCUGCUACCCUACAGUGGGUGCAGACUACCCCUCUUCCUUCCUUGAUCACUCUUCUGUGCCUGUCACCUCCAAAAUUCGAGCAUUAAAACCAUACUCGAGACCUCGAAAGGUUUUAACGCUAUUAAUUCUCCCGGCAAACCUAUUUACUCAAAUUACCCCUCCUUCAUUUCUCCUUCAUUUCUUUCUUUCUUUCUUUCUUUCUUUCUUUCUUAUUCCCAUUAUUUCUUUCUUAAACCCUUUACCGCUCCUUCAUUUUUCCUUUCUUUCUCUCUCUAUUUUUUUCCUAACAUCUUUUCCAACUAGAUUGAGCCGUCUAUCUAUCUAUCUAUCUAUCUAUCUAUCUAUCUCAAUCUCAUUAUAUCUGUAUAUCUCGGUCUGUUCACAUCUAUCUAUCUAUCUAUCUAUCUAUCUAGUUCUGUUCACAACUAUUUAUCUAUCUCAAUCUCUUCAUAUCUGUCUAUCUUGGUCUGUUCAUAUCUAUCUAUCUAUCUAUCUAUCUAUCUAUCUAUCCCAAUUUUUUCACAUCUAUCUUCUUCAAUCUCUUCACAUCUAUCUAUCUAUCUCAAUUUCUUCACAUCUAUUUUCUUCAAUCUCUUCACAUCUAUCUAUCUAUCUAUCUAUCUAUCUAUCUAUCUAUCUAUCUAUCUAUCUAUCUCAGUCUCUUCAUAUUCGACUAUCUCAGUCUGUUCAUAUCUAUCUAUCUAUCUAUCUAUCUAUCUAUCUAUCUAUCUAUCUAUCUAUCCCAAUUUCUUCACAUCUAUUUUCUUCAAUCUCUUCACAUAUAUCUAUCUAUCUAUCUAUCCCAAUUUUUUCACAUCUAUUUUCUUCAAUCUCUUCACAUCUAUCUAUCUAUCUAUCUAUCUAUCUAUCUAUCUAUCUAUCUAUCUAUCUAUCUAUCUCACCCUGUUCAUUUAUUUAUUUAUUUAUUUAUUUGAAAAUCUCCCAGUCGUGGACAGCAAUCAAUAUCUGUUCAUUACUGUAG